GACGCACGAGUCAGAGGUACAGUGGAGCAGAACAGAGUUCCCCUCACGCGCAUCACCUCCAGUGUCCGACUUUAAGAAUCCAGGAGCUAUGCAGGCAGCCUGCAUCUGGAUUGCCAGAGCUUCUGUCCUCUGGCUGUUGCUGUCAGACCUCCUGGACUGCCAACACACAACAUACCUCAGAAAGAUUCCGGAGAGGGUAGAGCCCCAACAGGAGUUCAGGGCACAGCAGGGAGAAAUUCAGGGCUCCUGGGGUGCCUGGGGGACCUGGUCGCCCUGCUCCCGGACCUGUGGAAGAGGGGUGCAGGAACAGAGCAGGCCCUGCCUGCCCGUCUACACUCCAUCCCUGUACCCCUCCAGGAGAGCCGAGGUUUACCCCCAGCAGCCGGGCCUCGUCAUAUCAGCCCUGCGGCCGACGGUCCCUCUGCACCGCGACGCGGGCCGGUCCUCCAACGGCAGCAGUGGUGGAGAUCUGAGGGCGGAGAAGGAGACCUGGCGGCCCGGUGAACGGAGGAGGGUCACUCAGAUCACCCCGGGGAGGUACGGGUACGGGAGAGCUCCUUACGUCGCUCCGUUGCAGACGGACACGGGCCAGGGCCCCGGGACGGCUCGCCCCCACAAACAGAGACGCUCUGCUGCAGCUGACGCCCACCAGCUCGCCACGAGAGGCCACGGGGGCCACAGGCCAAACCACCGGCACCCCACCAACACCCUCCAUCGCCACAGCAGACCCUACCUGUGGCCCCGGGCGCAGCAGCCCAAACACAACCAAGUGUGGGUCCCGCUCUACCAGCCUGGGUCGGCCCACCAGGGUCAGGACCGGCAGGAGCCGCAUUCCAGCGGCCAGGCGUCUGGACCCCAGCAGCACCAGGAGAGACCCUACGACCCCCUGCCUCGCUCCUUCUGCCCGGGGGAGCACGCUCACUCCAGGAUCUGCAACAGUAAUGCCUGUCCUCCAUCCAGCAGACACAUCAGGGCUGUUCAGUGUUCUUCAUACAACAACCGACCUUUCAUGGGCCGAUUGUACGAGUGGGAACCUUUCAAUGAGGUACCUAUGGAUCAGCAAUGUGAACUCAACUGCCGGGCCGUGGGGUUCAGGUUCUACGUGCAACAGUCGGAGAAGGUGAUCGACGGGACGCCAUGUGGGCAGAAUGAUACUUCUCUCUGCGUGCUGGGAAAAUGUUCGAGUCCGGGCUGCGACGACUACCUCGGCUCAGGAAAGGUGAUGGACAAGUGCGGCGUGUGUGGAGGCGACAACGCCACCUGCAGGCGGAUCUCUGGAGUGUUCAACCAAAGUCUGACCAAGGUCGGCUACCACCAUAUCUUGGAGAUCCCAGAGGGAUCCACCAAGAUCAACAUCACAGAAAUGUUGAAGAGCAGGAACUACCUAGCUCUCCAGAGCCGAUCGGGGCGAUCCAUCAUUAAUGGUAACUGGGCUAUUGACAGACCAGGGAAGUAUGAGGGAGGGGGGACCAUGUUCACCUACAGCCGACCCAAUGAAAUCAGAAGCACGGCUGGGGAGUCCUUUCUCGCUGAAGGGCCCACCAACGAGAUCCUGGAUGUUUAUAUGAUCUUCCAGCAGCCGAACCCUGGUGUCCACUAUGAGUACAUUGUCCACUCAGAAAAACCAGCCGUCCCUCAGGAACCAAGCCACAGACCAGAAGGGAACGCUGUGAAUGGACAGGGAAGUCACGACCAUCACGGCAACCCUCACCAAGAACGCUUCAGUGCAGCCGGUGGCGGGCGGGAACCCCCUCGCGUUCCCAACAGCCCUCUUCCCGCCACACAGCCACCCAGGCGCGAGAGAGAGUACAACUGGCAACUAGCUGGCACCACAGAGUGUAGCGCCUCCUGUGGUAAAGGAUCCAGACACUCCAUCUUUCACUGCGUCUCCCGGCUGAACCAUGGCCAGUUGUCAGAAGCCAUGUGUGACAGCAGCAGCAGACCGACUGCCCAGGAGGAGGCCUGCAACCUGCAGCCCUGCCCAGCCUUCUGGGACAUUGGAGAGUGGUCAGAAUGCAGUAAGACCUGCGGCCUGGGCAUGCAACAACGGCAGGUCCUGUGUCGCCAGAUCUACGCCAACCGCACCCUCAACGUCCACACAAGCCGCUGUCGACACUUGGAGCGGCCAGAAGUCGGCAGUACCUGCCAGAUGAAGAUCUGCAGCGAGUGGCAGAUACGCUCCGAGUGGACCGCCUGUUCGGUGCCAUGUGGGCUGGGUCAGAGGACGCGAGAGGUCCGCUGCGUCAGCAACGUGGGCGACUUUGUUCCUGAUGAGGAGUGCAACAUGAAUCUGCGGCCCAUCGAUUUGGAGAACUGUGACUCGGGAUCCUGUGCCAAGAGCUGGUUCUACACCGAGUGGGGCAAUAGGUGCUCAGCCGACUGUGGGAUGGGUGUGCGAACGCGGGGAGUCCUCUGCCUGACCAAUCACAUCAGCAGCCUUCCCCUGGAGGGGUGUGGCAGCGAGCGGCCCGCGGACGCUCAUGUCUGCAACAACGGCCUCUGUGAGAACCGCAUCGAGUGGUUCUCCGGCCCCUGGUCACAGUGCUCCGCCGAGUGCGGCGCAGGCAGCCAGCAGAGGUCUGUGGUGUGUCUGAAGUCAGAUGAAGGAUUCGUCAUCAUGCCGCCGUACGAGUGCUCCUCUCUGGAUCGGCCCCUCGGCCAGCAGAGCUGCAACCUCAAGGCCUGCGGAGCAAAGUGGUACCACACUGACUGGAGUGCUUGUUCAAAGACAUGCGAGGGAGGUUUCCGCGUGCGGGAGGUGCGCUGCCUGUCUGAUGACACGCUGUCCAGCGAGGGCUGCGAUGAGCAGCUGAGACCGGUGGAGAGGGAGGACUGCAACCCAGAGCCCUGCAUACCUGGCAUAGAGGAGAACUGCAGAGACAAGUACUUUAACUGCAACGUGGUGGUCCAGGCCCGCCUUUGCGUGUACGACUACUACAAGACAACGUGCUGUGCGUCGUGCUCUCGAGUCUCCCACAGACAGUCCAUUCAGCGUGGCCGCAGAUAGCCCCCUCUGCCCCAUGCUGGGCCGGACUCUAUACCCGCUGCAGGUUCCUGGGUCAGCCAGGGGAGAGGACCAGCUGGACCUGGGCUUAAAUGGACAAAUUAUUUGACUGCCAAAGGCGGAAACUGAACAAGGAACAUUUCUUUUGGUGCAUUCGGAGGCAGCUGUUGGAAAGAAAGGAAUACCGAAGUGUAGUGGAGGACAGGAAACCACUCACUGGAUAAGCAGAGCCCCGGAGAUCAGUAGCCGAGGAGCCUGCAAAAAAACAACGAUGGAUUUUAACCACAGUUUAUUAUAAAGAAUCCAUCUGUUUAUGUUUCAUGGCAGAGCAGCUUGCAGCUGUAUUGGCUGUUGUAGAUUACCUGAGAUGAAGAGGAGAGCACCUGGGAACAGGUAAACUAUAUAUCGUAAUUAUAUGUUCUAAUAUGGUUUUUUACACUUCAAUGCUCAGAUUCGUGGCAUGAUGUCAUAUGAAGUCCAUAUAGUCCCACCUAUAAUCAACUAUUUAACAUCCACUUUGUCGACCAAAGAUAUGUAACUUCAUCAAACUGAACAUAGUGACUAAUUCACUUUUUUCUAAGAAAUAAUCAAACGACACAAAAAACCUCCACAGUGCUGAUGCUUUUUUUUAUAGCAGCAUUUGAGAAAGGGGUUUUCAGACAGUCCUCCCAGCAACUUUAUUUAUUUGAGUGGCUCCCCAGUGAGGUUGCUGGUUUAUCAGCCACUGGUGGCCCCUUCGCUGUGGGGAUCGAACCUUUGCUGCUUCUCCACCAAUCACAGCCUUUGAACUUGAUGUAAGCAUUCUACAGCCUGCUGGAAGCAGAUGGACCCUACGAGGCAAAACGAAAUGUGUACAUAUAUAGUACAACUAUUGAUCUGGUAUGGCAUAUGAGUUUACAUUCAUGGUAAAUCUAUUAUUUAUUAUCUAGAUUGCCCCUUUUUUCCAGCUCCAUAAACCUGCACACCUUUCAACUGUUUUUUGUAUGUUAUAAUUCCCGCCCAUGCACUAUAAACUUACCUCUGAUUUACAAGUACUGUACAUGUAUCAAUGUUUUGAUUCAAGACAACUCUAGUAUGCAAAUCAAUCCCCUGGUAUGCCAGCGUGAUACACAAUUCAUUAUUUUCCCAAAACCAACCAAGCGUGUAGAUUAAUUACCAGAUUUCUUCAGUAUUCAACAUGCCCUGUCUGCCACCAAUAAAACUGUAAUUGCCUUUUUUUUUUUUUUACAUUUCUAGUGUUCAGCCAUUGAUUUUAAUGAGGAGUGUUCUUGAUAUCUUCUUCAAUAAACAAAAUGGCAAAUUAUUUGUACACCUUACAACAUAAUUCUCCUGUGUGAUUCCUAAAGGUGCGUUCACACCAAAAGCGAUGCGAUUUUUCGCGUCGCCCAAAAUGCGUGAGUUUACUCGCUCGACCAUUUACCAUGUUCACGCCAUAAGCGUCGAAACGCUCCGCGAGGGGCGGGGCUUGUCUCCGUGUCUCGUCUCCGUAAAGACCGUUAUCAUUUCCUUCAUCCACCAGAAUAACUAACCACUAGUUCUGCUUUAUACUUGUUGUGGACAUCCCACACACUAACGCCCUCGUGUUUGGGUUCAUGACAUCACCCGUAGGCUCACUCAGCUCGGUCACUUUCACCAAUGAAGUUACUGUUACGUCUGAAAGACUUCCGCUUCCAGCGCUACGAGAGCGGAACAUCUAAACGCUGUUAUUGUGUUCAUAACGUUAUUGUCCAUCUUGUUCUGAUUCAACAGCAGCGGGACAGCGAUGACGCACAGAGCAACUCAAGAGCUGAUUGGCCCGAGUUGCGAGAUUACCGCCUCAACAUUUAAAUAUUUCAACUAAGGGCGAAAAUUGUGCCGCUGAAAACGCGCCGCUGUAAACGCGUCGCCCACAUUGCGUCGCCCCAAACGCGCCGCCCAGAAAAAUAUUGCGUCUAUCGCAGCCACACGUUGACUUUUUAUGGGAUUCGGUCACACGAAAAAAUCGCUUCGCUUUUGGUAUGAACGCACCUUUAGUUAAUUCAGUUAAAUGUCAGAGGACCAGACAAGGAUGUUUCUGAUUUAAGUCAUUCAUCUAGAGAACAAAGACAAGGCGGUAUUUUCCUUUGUUGAAUGUUUUGCCAUUUCUGCUGAGUCACUCUAGCUCAUGCAGUUACUUAUUUUGAACACAUGGUAUAUGAAGGUAGAUUUGUCUUUAUUACACAAACCAAAAAAAGCUAUUUAGAGCAAAUUUCUGCUAUCAAAUAAAAAAAUGUGCUCUCAAAAUAAAAUCAUUUGCUCACAAAAAAAACCUGCGCUCUUGAAAAAAAUAUUAAACCAUAAUAUUGUUCUGUUCUCUCGAAAGUAUUUUAAAUGUAGCGGCACAUCCCUUUUUUCAUGUUGUUAGUACCGUGGAGUCUCUUUAAAGAACAUGGAGGGCUGCUGUGUUGACACUCAGCCCCAUGUUAGCCCACGUUACAUGCUUCAGGAUUAUCAGUUAUUUAAUGCAUGUAAUAUGCCAACUCAUCUCCAUGUCAUCCUCACCGUAACAUCUCUUUAGAGCAGCGAGCCGAGAGCAAGUCAAACCUACCAAUGGGAACUCCUUGUUUCAGCAGGGUAAGGCCCGAUACGUGCAAACUCAACUAGUAGAUCUUCGUUUCGAGAGCACAGGGUUUUUUGAGUGCGCAUUUCUUUAUUUUGAGAGCAAAGGUUUUUAAUUUGAGAGCAGAAAGUUUCUCUCAAAACUUUUUUUUGUUUGCUUAAUAAGACACAAAUCUAGGUUCAUCAUGGUAUCGUUGUUUUCCCCUUGUAUGUUACGACCCAUUGUUUGGAAAAUGUUAAAAUUUCGAUUUUCGGGAGUCCAGGCUUUCCCAGACAAUGGUUGUAUGUAUUGCUGAGUGAAGCAGUUGUGCAGAGAGAGAGAGAUUUUAUUUUACAAAAACACUUUUACAUAUUUAAAAUGUUUACCAUUUUUUCAAAAACAAAGUGUUAAAAAUCACAUGCUUUAUUUAAAAUAAAUACAAGACUGUACAUACACCAACUACUCUUCAAAGACGGAACAAACACAAUCAUUAACACAUCAACGAUUCUUUCACAAGAGAGGUUUAAAAAACAGACAAACAAAACAAAAACCAAUAAAUUAAUUAAAAACA